AUGGAACUGAGCCUUUUAUGUACAGAGAACGGCAUAGUUGUUGAGACAAUUCCAAUUGGUGGUGUUGCUGAAAAUUCGAUUGCUCAGAUGGGUUUUCCAUCGGAGAGCGAAGAGAUUAUCAGAGAGAUGAUGGAGAAAGAGAAGCAGCAUUUGCCAAGUGAUGAUUACAUCAACAGACUCAGAAGUGGCGAUUCGGAUUUGAAUGCCAAAAGAAGAGAAGCCCUUAAUUGGAUUUGGAAGGCUUGUGAAGAACACCAGUUUGGACCAUUGUGUAUUUGCUUGUCAAUGAACUACUUGGAUCGAUUCUUAUCGGUUUAUGAUUUGCCUAGUGACAAAGUGUGGACACUUCAGUUGUUGGCUGUGGCUUGUUUAUCAUUGGCAGCCAAAACUGAAGAAACUGAAGUUCCAAUGUUGAUAGAUCUUCAGGUUGGAGAUCCUCAGUUUGUGUUUGAGGCUAAAUCAAUCCAAAGAAUGGAGCUUUUGGUGUUGAACAAGUUGGAAUGGAGAUUGAGAGCUAUAACUCCGUGCUCAUUCAUAAGAUAUUUCCUGAGGAAGAUGAGCAAAUGUGAUCAAGAACCAUCCAACACAUUGAUAUCUAGAUCACUACAAGUGAUAGCCAGCACAAACAAAGGUAUUGACUUUUUGGAGUUUAGACCUUCUGAAGUUGCUGCUGCAGUGGCACUUUCUGUUUCUGGAGAAUUGCAAACAGUACACUUUGACAACCCUCACUUCUCUCCUCUUUUCUCACUACUUCAAAAGGAGAGAGUGAAGAAGAUUGGGGAAAUGAUAGAGAUGGAUGGCUCAGGCUUAUGUUCACAAACACCCAAUGGGGUUUUAGAAGUAUCAGCUUGUUGUUUCAGCUUUAAGACUCAUGAUUCUUCUGCUCAUACACAUCGCUCUUAA